AUGGAAAAACUUGACGUUGUUGAUGUUGAUACUAAUUAUGGUGAUCCACAAUUCUGCGCAUCACUAGCUUGUGACAUUUACAACCAUCUACGCAUAGCUGAGGUGACAUAUUUUUUCCGAUUAUCUGGAGAUGCUAUAAUGUUCCACUGCCUAUGCUUUCUCUGAUUCGGAUUUAAUUUUUCUUAUUUUUUUUUUUGUUAUAGUCAUUGGACGAUUUUGUUUUGUUGUUUAAGCCCAUCUGGUCGAUUAGAAUGCAUGAGAGUGACAUAGUGAAGCUUUCUCAAUUCUCUAUGAACACUAACAGAAAAGAAACUCUCUUCACUUAGAAGUCAUGAAAAAUAUUUUCAGAUCUUCUAAAUCAAAGGCUCGACCAUUUUAAGACCUGAUGAUGGAGCAUAGGAGGGCAUGCAUAGUUCUACUUGUCCCUAUAGAUCUAAAGUCAGAGGCAAAAAGUAGCACGAUGGGAAAAUUCAGUUUCAAAUAAAAAAUAAAAAUAAAAUAGCUGCUCGUUUAUUAUUAACAAGUUCCCUUAUUGAAAAAUUUCCCAAUUAUUUCUCUUUAAAUGAAUUUUUUUCACCGACAUCUUUGGGGCAUGUUCUGUUUUUGAUAUUUUUGUGGCCUAUGACAGACUAAAAGAAGGCCAUCGACAAAUUUCAUGGAGGUGCUUCAAAAGGACAUAAAUCCUAGCAUGCGUGCGAUCUUAGUUGAUUGGCUUGUGGAGGUGCAUACUGCUUCUUCUACUUAACUAUAUCCUUUUUUUCUCUUCUAGCAUAUCAAUUGUUUCUCCUAUGCAGGUUUCUGAAGAAUAUAGGCUUGUACCGGACACAUUAUACUUGACUGUUAACUACAUUGACCGCUAUCUUUCUGGUAAUGAGAUGAACAGACAACAGCUACAGUUGCUCGGAGUGGCUUCUAUGCUGAUUGCCGCGUAAGUGAAAAUAGUUCUGAGUGGCGAUUCUUCCUCGCUCUGUACAUUUUCCUAAGAUAAAUAUGACCAACGAUUUUGGUUUUUUUCAGCAAAUAUGAGGAGAUCUGUGCCCCGCAAGUGGAAGAAUUUUGCUAUAUAACUGACAAUACCUAUGUUAAAGAGGAGGUGAGUGUAGUAAUUUAUGGAGGACAAUCCCUUUUCUGUUUUCUUUUUUUUUUCCUUGAAUUUUCGCUUAGAGGAGUUCAUCCAGGUAUUGGAUAUGGAAGCCACGGUCCUGAGAUAUUUGAAAUUUGAGGUGACAGCGCCGACAGUGAAAUGUUUCUUGAGGUAAUUAAUCUUAUGCGAGCUUUCCUCCAUCGUUUUGUUCAACCAUGUCUCUGAAUCCUAAGCUUUGGUGGUUACCUCCCUCACAGGAGGUUCGUCAGAGCUGCUCAGCACUCUGAGGAUGUAUGUCUCUCCUCCAAACCUGCGUGCUCCUUUCCUUCCCUUCCCUUCGUCAUGAUGCUUAUAUAGAAUGCAUUCUGCAGGUUCCCCCAUUGCAUCUGGAGUUCCUGGCUAACUACGUUGCCGAGCUAUCCCUUCUCGAGUACAGUUUCCUCAGUUACUCUCCAUCGAUUAUCGCUGCUUCGGCGAUUUUUCUGGCGAAAUUCAUGCUGUUGCCCACUAAAAGACCAUGGGUACGUUGACACAUUAAUCAGUUGACCAGUUGGUUGAUUAAUUAAAUAAAUAAGUAAUUAUAAUCAUGCAGAAUGCUACGCUGAGACAUUACACCCAGUAUCAUCCCUCGGCGUUGUGUGUCUGCGUGAAGGAUCUACAUCGGCUCUUCUGCAACAGCGGUUCCAGCAGCUUGCCUGCGAUUAGGGAGAAGUACAGUCAACAUAAGGUAAAAAGUCAACGCGAAUAUCUUCCCUUUAACUCCUGACUUCUCAAUCUGAUUGACCCUGCUGGGUUCGUCCAGUACAAGUUUGUGGCGAAGAAGUACUGCCCGGCUUCAAUACCCUCUGAGUACUUCCAGGAUCUGGUUCACUAG